UUCACGGGCACCAGCUUCGGCUCCCGCCCAGCUUCACGCCCUCUCGCACCUCGGUUCACACGUCCGCUCGCACAUCCAUAUAUAAACCUGCUAUGGCUUCGCGUAUCCUUCUUCGAGCAGGGGCGCCUGCCGCUCUAGCUCGACGUGCUCUUGCGCCGUCGAGACAAUAUGCCCGCUCCUUAAGCACGACGUGCUGCCGCCGAUCCGAUGACUCCGAUCUCAACAAAGUAUCCCGCUCGAUAACACAACCGAAGGCUCAAGGCGCCUCGCAAGCCAUGCUGUAUGCGACGGGCCUGAGCGAAGAGGACAUGUCAAAACCCCAGGUGGGCAUCUCGUCGGUGUGGUACGAGGGCAACCCGUGCAAUAUGCACUUGAUGGACCUGUCGGCCGUGGCCAAGGAAUCCGUCAAGCGUGCCGGGCUUAUUCCUUACCGAUUCAAUACCAUCGGCGUAUCGGACGGCAUAUCUAUGGGUACGACCGGCAUGCGCUAUUCGUUGCAGAGUAGAGAGAUCAUCGCCGAUAGCAUCGAGACCGUUAUGCAGGGUCAGUGGUACGACGCCAACAUCUCGCUUCCUGGAUGCGACAAGAAUAUGCCUGGCGUCCUGAUAGCCAUGGGUCGCGUCAAUCGGCCGAGCAUCAUGGUCUACGGCGGCACCAUCAAGCCCGGGUGCAGCAUGACUGGCGCGCCGAUCGACAUCGUCAGCGCUUUCCAAGCCUACGGGCAGUACCUGUCGGGCGAGAUCACCGAGAAGCAACGCUUCGACAUCAUCCGGCAUGCGUGCCCCGGCAAGGGCGCCUGCGGUGGCAUGUACACGGCGAACACGAUGGCCACCGCUAUCGAGACGCUCGGUAUGACCUUACCAGGCAGCAGCAGCAGCCCCGCGGACGACCCGAGCAAGAUCAAGGAGUGUGAGGGCAUCGGCGAGGCCAUCAAGCAUGUCAUGAGGGAGGACAUCCGCCCGCGCGACAUCAUGACGCGCCAGGCCUUCGAGGAGGCUAUGGUCGUCGUUAACAUCCUCGGCGGGAGCACUAACGCUGUGCUACACCUGCUCGCCAUCGCCGACUCGGUUGGCAUUAAGCUCACUGUCGACGACUUCCAGGCCGUGUCUGACCGCACGCCCUUCCUCGCUGACCUUAAGCCGUCGGGUAAGUACGUGAUGGACGACAUGCACACCAUCGGUGGCACACCCGCCCUGCUCAAGUUCCUCAUCGGCGAGGGCAUCAUCAAGGGCGAGGGCGUCACCGUCACUGGUAAGACCAUUAAGCAGAAUGUCGAGUCGUGGCCUUCCUUUCCGACAGACCAAAAGAUUAUUCGCCCAUUCUCCAACCCUAUAAAGCCGACAGGUCACAUCCAGAUCCUGCGCGGGACACUCGCGCCGGGUGGUUCCGUCGGCAAGAUCACGGGUAAGGAAGGCCUCGUGUUCACGGGAAAGGCGAAGUGCUUCGACCAGGAGGACGACUUCAUCGCAGCGCUCGAGAAGGGCGCGAUCCGGCGCGGCGAGAAGACGGUGGUCAUCAUCCGGUACGAGGGCCCCAAGGGCGGGCCGGGGAUGCCUGAGAUGCUGAAGCCGUCCUCGGCCAUCAUGGGCGCCGGGCUCGGCGGCGACGUCGCGUUGCUGACGGACGGCCGCUUCUCGGGCGGCAGCCACGGUUUCCUCAUCGGACACAUCACGCCCGAGGCGCGCGAAGGCGGGCCCAUCGGGCUCGUCCGCGACGGCGACACGGUAACUAUCGACGCCGAGCGCCGUGUCAUCGACAGCGACGUUAGCCCCGAAGAGAUGGCCCGCCGUCGUGCCGAGUGGGUCCCGCCGCCACCACGCUAUGCCCAGGGCACGUUGACCAAGUACGCGGCGCUCGUCAGCGACGCGAGCCACGGCUGCGUCACGACGGGGACGACCGCAGGGAAUUGAUGGAUGAGCUAAUUCGCUUAUCCCUCGACCUCUCUACUCCCGCCUUCCCUUCCCUCUCUUUCCGCCGAUGUGUGAUGGUAUGGGCAAACAUAUCCUACGUCGGCGCGCAGCUGUACAUGUCGCCCCACCCCCCCAGCUUCAUAACGGGCAG